AUGCAGUGGACCACCACCUGCACAAGGGUGGGACUGGUGUACAUGUUUAACCUCAUCGUGGGCACUGGUGCACUCACCAUGCCCAAGGCCUUUGCCACCGCCGGGUGGCUCGUCAGCCUGGUCCUGCUGGUGUUCCUGGGCUUCAUGAGCUUUGUGACGACUACCUUCGUGAUAGAGGCCAUGGCUGCGGCCAACGCUCAGCUCCACUGGAAAAGGAUGGAAAACCACCAGGAGGAGGAAGAGGAGGACUCCUCCACAGCCUCCGACAGUGACGUCCUUGUUCAGGACAACUACGAGCGGGCAGAGAAACGACCCAUCCUUUCAGUGCAGAGACGUGGAUCUCUGAACCUUUUUGAAAUCACAGACCGGGUGGAGAUGGGACAGAUGGCUUCCAUGUUCUUCAAUAAAGUGGGGGUCAACUUGUUCUAUUUCUGCAUCAUCAUUUACCUGUACGGGGAUUUGGCCAUCUAUGCUGCCGCCGUGCCCUUCUCCCUCAUGCAGGUGACUUGCAGUGCCACUGGCAACGAGUCCUGUGGUGUGGAGGCCGACACCAAGCACAACGACACGGACCCGUGCUGGGGGCCCCUGCGCCGCGUGGACGCCUACCGCAUCUACCUGGCUGUCUUCACUCUCCUCCUUGGACCCUUCACCUUCUUUGACGUCCAGAAGACCAAGUACCUGCAGAUCCUGACCUCCCUGAUGAGAUGGGUUGCUUUUGCCAUCAUGAUCGUGCUGGCCCUGGUCCGCAUCGGGAACGGGCACAGAGAGGGGCACCCGCCCCUGGCUGACUUCUCCGGGAUCCGGAACCUGUUUGGGGUGUGCGUCUACUCCUUCAUGUGCCAGCACUCGCUGCCAUCACUUGUCACACCGGUGUCCUCCAAGCGCCACCUCACACGCCUGGUCUUCCUGGACUACGUGCUGAUCCUCGCCUUCUACGGCCUUCUCUGCUUCACCGCCAUCUUCUGCUUCCGCGGCGACAGCCUCAUGGACAUGUACACCCUCAACUUCGCGCGCUGCGAUGUCGUGAGCCUGGCUGCCGUGCGCUUCUUCCUGGGCCUUUUCCCUGUCUUCACCAUCAGCACCAACUUCCCCAUCAUCGCCGUGACCCUCCGCAACAACUGGAAAACACUUUUCCACCGUGACGGGGGCACGUACCCCUGGGUGGUGGACCGCGUGGUGUUCCCCACCAUCACCCUGCUGCCCCCGGUGCUCGUGGCCUUCUGCACCCACGACCUGGAGUCCCUGGUGGGCAUCACGGGGGCCUACGCAGGCACGGGCAUCCAGUACGUCAUCCCCGCCUUCCUGGUGUACCACAGCCGCAAGGACACCCAGCUGGCCCUGGGCUACAGGACCAUCAACAAGCACAGGUCCCCCUUCCGCCACGCCUUCUGGGUGGGCUUUGUGCUGCUCUGGGCUUUCUCCUGCUUCUUCUUCGUCACUGCCAACAUCGUCCUCAGUGAGACCAAGGUCUGA